CUCAUGGAGCCUCCCUUCGUAAAGCUUCAGCAGCUCUAACUUGCACCUCGCAUUGCUCUCUAUUCCUGCUGUCACCAGCCAGUGCUAUGUCGGACGUCAAUGCCUCCCCCCACGCUCCUUCCUCGACCUCGCCAGCUCCUCCCUCGACGGUGCUUCUAUGCUCAGAGCGCCCCGACUACCGUGGCAAAUGCCUUUACAAGACUGGCAAGUGCAUGAAUGAGCGCGCACUCAAGACAUCAGGGACAGCCCACAAUCUCUGCGACGAGCAUCGCAACCGGCAGAACCAGCACCAGCGCAAGCUUGAUGCCAAGAAUCGACUGCACAAGCGAGAGCGUCGAGCUCCCGCUGGGGUCGCCAAGAGCGAGCGGUUCGCACCAUACUCGGCGUCAUUUAAACUUCAAUCAUUUUCGCCUUCAGCUGACGCGUCGGACGAAGUGGACUCGAUUGACACAGCUGCCGAGGCUGCGCCAACCACGCUGCCGCGUACACCCACUGCAUCGUCGAUGGAAGUCGCUGCUGCGACUACAGUCGAAGUGGAUGGUGCAAUGCCUUCAUCUUCACUAGCGCAUGCUCCAGUGCUCGCCACGGCAAGAAGUGGUGUCAUGUUCCUGCCGAACGGGCCGCAGCCACCGCAGGUGUCCUACCCGUUUGUGAUGCAAGACUUCGACGGCAUCGUCGUCCCGCUGCCGUCCUAUCUCAAAGGACAAGAAAGAAUCGAGUUUCGCUCACGAAUCUACCAGAAGGUGCUGGAUUUUAUCUCGGAGGAGUGUAUUCUGCGCUUCGGAGCCAAAGUCGAGGCUUCCACCACAGCUGCCGACUCCUCGGAGAAGACGAGGGCAACGACCCAAUCCGAUAUCAACGGGCUGGAGAGUGAGCGUCCAACGAGCAGUGAGGGAAAUGCCUCAACCUCAAUGGAAGCCAACGAUGUCUCGGACGCCCAGCAGAGCAUGAAGUCAGAUACUGCUGACGGGUCAAGGACUACCGCCAAGAAGGUCCAUUGA